AAACGAAAAAUGGACUGGGUGGCCUCAAAACCUUAUCCCGCUUCCAAAAACUGGCCAGAAAUCUCUCUCUAGAGACUCCAGUGGGACUGUAAGAGGCAGUAGCACAAACCGCAAAGUAAUCCCCUGUGGUCUCUCUCUCUCUCUCUCUGGGGGACCGAAAUGCUGAGUGGAACGUGUGGCCUCCGCGCCUGUUGCUUACGCCUUUCGUUCUCGCCUGAGAAGCCCCUCAUCAGGGCCGAUUCUUUCCGGUUAACUCGUCGCCGCCGCGUGUUCUCGGUCGCGUGCCCAGUUUCCAGCGCGAAGAAGGAGAAGGUGAUUGUGAUAUCUGGACCCACCGGUGCUGGGAAGAGCCGGCUUGCAUUGGAACUCGCCAAGCGGCUCAAUGGCGAAAUUAUGAGCGCCGACUCUGUCCAGGUAUAUCAGGGUCUUGAUGUUGGAUCUGCAAAGCCUACUCCGAGUGAUAGAAAGGAGGUACCACAUCAUCUUGUUGACAUACUGCAUCCCUCCGAAGAGUAUUCUGUUGGGCAAUUCUUUGAGGAUGCAAGGCAGGCUACAAGAUGCAUUCUUGACAGUGGACGUGUUCCCAUAGUUUCCGGUGGGACUGGAUUGUACUUGCGAUGGUUCAUGUAUGGAAAGCCAGAUGUCCCAAAAGCGUCUCCUGAGAUUGCCUCUGAAGUAUGUUCAGAGCUAGCAGAUUUGCAGAGAAAUGAAGACUGGGCUGCAGCUGUGCAGUUGGUGGUCAAAGCAGGUGACCCAAAGGCCCAGUUUUUAGCUGCCAACGAUUGGUAUCGGUUACGGCGUAGCCUCGAGAUUAUCAAGUCUACUGGAUCACCUCCAUCUGCUUUUCGGGUACCGUAUGAUUCUUUCAGGGAUCAAUGUGAUGGUGUAAUGGUCAGCUCUCAUGAUGUGAACACUUCUGCUGAUGUCCUGGAGGAGAAUAACUCGAAGGAUUUGGACUAUGAUUUUAUUUGUUUUUUCCUCUCUAGCCGGAGAGUUGAUCUCUAUAAGCUAAUUGACUAUCGUUGUGAAGAUAUGCUUUCAGGAAGUGACGGGAUUUUGUCUGAGGCCAGCUGGCUUCUUGAUACAGGUCUUCUACCCAAUUCAAAUUCUGCAACUCGAGCAAUUGGUUACAGACAAGCAAUGGAGUACUUAUUAUACUGUAGGCAGCAAGGAGGUAGGAGUUCUCCUGGAGAUUUUUUUGCCUUUUUAUCUGACUUCCAGAAAGCAUCUAGAAAUUUUGCGAAAAGGCAAUUGACUUGGUUUCGUAACGAGCAAAUGUAUCAUUGGCUUGAUGCUUCUAAGCCCCUGGAACAGGUGAUGAAUUUCAUUUAUGAUGGAUACCACGAAAAGGGUGGAGCUUUGGUGGUGCCUGAAUCACUAAGGAUGAAGAAGGAUAUUUCAAACCGCCGAGAAACUUCUGAACUCAAGGCCUACCGCACAAGAAAUAGGCAUUUUGUGAGCCGUCAAGAUUGUUCUCAUAUCUUGGACUGGAUAAGGAGAACCCAACCCACAGGUGAAGCAAUGAGCGCAUGAACUAAGCUCAUCUCAACUUCAUGGAAUCAGAACUGAAAUAAUUUUGUUUUAUGGGUUAGGUUAGUUUUUGAGGCCCUUCCUUUCAUUAUGGCAUAUUUCUAUCCUCAUCAGCUUUGAUCAAGGCCUUCAAGCAUUCAUCUUCUUGGCAGUGACUCUCGGACUCCAGCUAAUCUUCAUUUGAGUAUCCAUCUUCUUAAAGCCACAUUGUGCAUUUCCAGAAAAGCAGGAUUUUGACAAUGGGAUCAGUGUAUGUCUUAGUAAUCAGUAGGGUUCGAGUGUCACAUUUUUUGUGUAGUUGUUGCAUGUGAUAACUUAAAAUUUUCAACACAGGCAAAUCGGGCCUGGACUGGAUGUUACACCAACUUUGGUA